ACUGCCGCUCCGUUCGUCUCCGCUGGUUCCUGCGCUGCGCUGGGCUGUUGAUCGCUUUACGUCCCUCUCGGCUUUCUGCCUGAUCUGCCUCACCAGAACUUUCCCAUCCUCCUUCCGUCGAAUCUCUCUUUGAUCCAGCUUCAUCGCAUGCGCCUCUUCAUCUGGGCGAUCGAGGUGAGCGGAAAAAGGAGGCCAAGUGUUUUCUUCUCAUCGCUUUGUUCCUUCGUUGGAGGAUCAGAUGCCUUUCUGGUCCUUCUUCUGCUGCGGACGGUGUUCCGAUUGCAAGGAGCAGAGGAGGAAGGAUUCGAACUCGUGGAGAAUAUUCUCUCUGAAGGAACUGCAAUCUGCAACGAACAAUUUCAAUUACGAUAACAAGCUAGGUGAAGGCAGAUUUGGCAGCGUCUACUGGGGUCAACUCUGGGAUGGUUCUCAGAUUGCUGUCAAAAGGUUGAAAGUUUGGAGUAACUCUGAGCAAGAAGAAUUUGCUGCCAAAGUUGAAACAUUGGGAAGAGUGAAGCAUAAGAACCUCUUAAGUUUCAGAGGAUAUUGUGCUGAAGGGCAGGAGCACCUCAUAUUGUAUGACUAUAUGCCAAACUUGAGUUUGCAGUCACAUCUUCAUGGUUAUAGCUCAGACGAGUGCCUCCUCGACUGGCGUAGGCGAAUGUCCAUUGCAAUAGGAACAGCUGAGGGAAUCACUCAUCUUCACCAACAGGCAACACCUAUCAUCCACCAGGACAUUAAAGCAAGCAAUGUUCUGCUAGACUCAGGUUUCUUGGCCCGAGUAGCAGAUUUUGGUUUUGUGAAGCUAAUUCCUAAUGGUGCAAAUCAUCUGACAACUAAUGCUAAAAGUGCGCUUGGCUAUCUCACACCUGAGUACAUCAAAUCUGGGAAGGCCUCAGAGAGCUGUGAUGUAUAUAGUUUUGGAAUUCUCCUUUUAGAGCUUGUUUCUGGAAAAAGACCAAUAGAUAAAAAUCUGUCGAUUAUAGAUUGGGCUUUACCUCUUGUAAAGGAGAGGAAAUACCGAGAGGUUGCAGAUGCCAGACUUAAUGGAGAUUAUAUAGAAGAAGAAUUGAAAAGAGUUGUGAUUGUUGCACUGAAUUGUGUUGAAAAAACCCCUGAAAAGAGACCUAAGAUGCCAGAGGUUACCAGUUUACUGAAAGGAGCCUCUGAAGAGAAGUUAUCAAGUCUAGAAAAUGAGAUGUUCAAAACAAAACCACUUGUUAGCUAUCAAGGAACAUCUACUCCCGUUGAAAUAUCCGAGGAUGUUCUACAAGAACAAACUGCUUUAAAGAAAUGAUUGGAGAUGAUAAAAUCAUCUGUAUAUUCUAGUUGCUACAUGCUUUUCAUCAUCCAAAUAUCAAGAUUUGUUGUCAAAAGGUCUUUUACAGGUUGACUGAUCAUUGUUUAUGCAUGUUGGAGUGAUAACGAUUUGGUUUGGUUAAAGAUGUAAAAAGGACUCAAUGUUUUAGGUCAAGAUUUUCUGAGUGCUGUUUGUAAAUCAGUUGCACAAGGCGGUGUGAUUAAAUUCAACCGAAUGUGAGUUUCCUAUUAAUAUUGCAGUUUUGAUGAUGCA